GAGAUCCAUGAAAAAGAAUGAACUUGAAUUCCACCGUAUCCCAACUAAUGCUUCUGCAGAGAAUUUGAUUUCUUUUAACAAAGCUCACUCUCUACUCUAGCUCCUUCCUUCCAGAAGUAAAGAAGAAUUUCAAUUGAACAAUUAAAUUGAAAAUUAGGAAUUUUCGUAGGAUCGUACAAUUAUUCAAGAAAAGAAAAAAAAUGGAGAAAAUCAGGAGAGCUUCGCAUGCUGGUUCAUGGUACACCGACAAUCCUAAAAAACUUGAUGAAGAGCUUGAUGGAUGGCUUAAGGCUGCUGCCUUGGAGAAGUCUCCUGAUGUUCGAGGCGUAAUUGCUCCGCAUGCAGGUUACUCGUAUUCAGGUCGUGCUGCUGCUUAUGCAUUUGGAAAUAUAGAUCCUGCAAACAUUUCUCGGAUAUUCCUGCUUGGUCCAUCCCACCAUUAUUAUACUCCCAAAUGUGCUCUUUCAACUGCCACAGUUUACAAGACGCCAAUAGGAGACUUACCUAUUGAUUUGGAAGUCAUCGAGGAACUUAAAGCUACAGGAAAAUUUGAGUUGAUGGAUCUUCGUGUUGAUGAAGCUGAACAUAGCAUGGAAAUGCACUUGCCAUAUCUUGCUAAAGUUUUUGAAGGGCAUCAGGUUAAAGUUGUACCCAUAUUGGUUGGUGCUCUUAAUGCUGAUAAUGAGGCUAUGUAUGGAAAGUUGUUAGGGAAGUAUGUAGAUGAUCCAACUAAUUUCUUUUCAGUCUCCUCAGAUUUUUGUCACUGGGGUUCUCGGUUCAAUUACAUGCACUAUGACAAGAAAUAUGGGGCUAUACAUAAGUCUAUUGAGGCAUUGGACAAGAUGGGUAUGGAUAUAAUUGAAACAGGGGAUCCAGAUGCAUUUAAACAGUAUUUGCAGGAAUAUGACAAUACAAUUUGUGGACGGCAUCCAAUUAGUGUUUUCGUACAUAUGUUAAGGAAUUGUGCGACUGUGAUAAAGAUCAAGUUCCUCCGAUACGAGCAGUCAAGCCAAUGCAAAACAACGAGGGACAGCAGUGUCAGUUAUGCAUCUGCAGCAGCAAAGGUGGAUGCUUGAAGCUGUAGUUAUAAUUCAAAUGUGGUCGUGUUGGAGACGGUUAACAAUCUGAACUUCUUUAUAUUGAAUAUAACACUUGAUCACUGGCAUUUGCAAGAAUCUAUCAUGCUGUUUAUAGAUUGACAAUGAUAAGGAAAUUGGUGCAUACCUUUUCCCUGUUGA